AUGCGGUCGUUCGCCCCUCUCAUUCUGAGCCUGCUGGGUGCUACCGCGGCUGUUUCGGCUGCAGAGCCCGCCGCGGAUGCUGCCGACUCCAAUGUCCUCGCGCUGACCAGCGAGACCUUCAAUGACUUCGUCAAGGAACACGAGCUCGUCCUGGCCGAGUUCUACGCGCCGUGGUGUGGUCACUGCAAGGCGCUGGCCCCCAAGUAUGAGGAGGCUGCCGCCGAGCUGAAGAGCAAGAACAUUCCGCUGGUGAAGGUAGACUGCACAGAGGAGGAGGAGCUGUGCCGGACUUUCGAGGUCGACGGCUACCCGACCCUGAAGGUCUUCCGUGGCCCCGAGUCGCACAAGCCAUACGGUGGUGCCCGUCAAACUGACUCGAUCGUCUCAUACAUGACCAAGCAGUCCAUGCCCGCGGUCUCCAUCUUGACCGAGGAGACGCUGGACGACUUCAAGACCCUGGACAAGAUUGUGAUCGUUGGGUACAUUGGCUCCGACGACAAGACCGCCAACAAAAGCUUCACCGCGUUCGCCGAGUCGCAGCGUGACAACUACCUCUUCGGUGCCUCCAACGACGCCGCUCUCGCCAAGACCGAGGGUGCUAAGCAGCCCUCGAUCGUUCUCUACAAGGAUUUCGAUGAGAAGAAGGCCGUGUACGAUGGCAAGCUUGAGGAGGAGGCUAUCCUGAAGUGGGUGAAGACCGCCAGCACUCCUCUGGUUGGCGAACUUGGCCCUGAGACGUACUCCAAGUACAUGGCGGCUGGUAUCCCGCUCGCCUACUUCUUCGCGGAGACCGCGGAGGAGCGUGAGAAGUUCGCUGAGGAGUUCCGCCCCAUCGCUGAGAAGCACCGUGGCGAGAUCAACUUUGUCACUCUGGACGCGAAGCUGUUCGGCGCCCACGCCGGUAACCUGAACCUGGAGCCCGAGACUUUCCCUGCCUUCGCCAUCCAAGAGACCGACAAGAACGCCAAGUACCCCUACGACCAGUCCAAGAAGAUCGACCCCAAGGAGAUCGGCAAGUUCAUCAAGAACGUCUUGGACGGCAAGGUUGACCCCAGCAUCAAGUCCGAGCCCAUCCCUGAGGAGCAAGAGGGCUCUGUGACUGUGGUCGUUGGCAAGAACUACCAGGAGGUUGUCAUCGACAAUGACAAGGAUGUCCUGCUUGAGUUCUACGCCCCUUGGUGCGGACACUGCAAGGCUCUGGCCCCCAAGUACGACGAGCUCGCCGCUCUGUACGCCGACGUCCCCGAGUUCAAGGAGAAGGUGGUGGUCGCCAAGAUCGACGCCACCGCCAACGACGUGCCGGACUCCAUCACCGGUUUCCCCACGAUCAAGCUGUUCCCCGCCGGCAAGAAGGACGAACCCGUCGAGUACACCGGCUCCCGCACCGUCGAGGACCUAGUCGACUUCAUCAAGAAGAACGGCAAGUACGAGAUCGACGGUCUGGCCGGUGACAAGAAGGCCUCUGAGGGCGGCGAUGUAACCGCCGCUCCCUCUGCCUCCUCCAGCCAGGCCGCGGAGACUCCGGCCUCAGAGAAGAAGGAGGAGAUCCACGAUGAGCUGUAA